AUGAAUGAUCAAUUAGCUUCACUUGUAGCUCAACUUAAAGAGCGUCGAGCACUUACAUUUCAAGAAAGAAUCAAAUCAUUGGAUAUUCGUGAUGAAAUCUGGCGAAAGUACAUUGAACUUAAUAAAGGUUCAUCAUUCGAUGCAAUUGCUGCUCAACGAACCGGAUUAAGUCCUGAUAUGUGUUGUGAACGAGAACGACUUACUCGAGAGUUUCAACGUUUAUUAAAUCCAUAUGAAUUUGAUCCAGAUACUCGAGCUUUAAAUCAUUCAUUAAUGAUUACACAAUAUUCAAGAGCAUCAGCUGAUCAAGCUAUGCCAUCAGCAUAUGAUCUUCGUUCAGGUCCUGCUUUAUUACACACAAUGAAUUAUUUAAUAACAAAUAUAAUGGAUAAAUUUGAUCAAGAACGUGAACAAAGUGAUUGGUAUAAUUUUCUAUGGGAUCGUUUACGAGCUAUUAGAAAAGAAUUAACUCAACAACAUUUACGUGAUGAAAUAGCUAUUGAAAUUCUUGAACAAUGUGCACGUUUUCAUAUAUUUUGCUCAGCAUUUUUAUCUGAAUAUUCACGUGAUUCAUUCGAUCCUAAUUUAAAUGAAAAAAUGUUAAUUGAUUGUCUUAAUCAAUUACGAGAAUGUUAUCUAACACAUAAACAACAAAAUAAUAUGCAAUCAUUAAGAAAUAUAGCCGAAUUUUCAUCAUAUAUGUUAUUAAUUAAUUUAAAAGAUGAUAAUGAAACUUUAUUACGUAUUCGUCGUUUAAUACAAGAUAUAACUCAAGUAUCAGAAGUUAAAAUUGCAUUAAAUAUUCAUCGAUCAUUAUUAUUAAAUAAUACAACAAAAUUUUUUUCACUUAUUGACAAUGAAGCAACAUUAUUACAAUCAUGUUUACUUCAACGAUAUUUUACUAUCAUACGUUUAAAACGUCUUAAUUCACUUAAUUCAUCGAUACGUAAUACUGAUGAAUUUCGUUUAUCUGAUUUAACAGAUAUUCUUGGUAUGGAUAAUGAUGAUGAAACACGAGAUUAUCUUGAACAACUUGGAUAUUCAAUAUCAAAUUCUAAUCCACCUUGUAUUAUUAUAUCAUCAACAGAUAAUCAAAUUCAACAACAACCAAUUAAUAAAUUAUCUUACAAAUUAGUUCGAUCAAAAUAUAAAGGAAAUUUAAAAGAUAUUAUUACUGGAUCUCGUGAUACACCAGUUAUUAUUCCUGAUACAAAUAUUGAAGAUAGUUUUGAUUUACAAGGAUGUUUUGUUGGAAAAUUACCAUUUGAUACUGAUGGAUUAAAUCAAAUGAUGUCACGAAGACCACCACCACCACCAACAUUUGAACCACAACAACAGCAACAGCACAGAUCUCAACUUCCAUUAAUUCCUAGACGUCCACCGUCUGAAAGUGCUCUUCGAUCAAUGGCAUCAACAACAACAGCAAAUACAUUUACACUAAUGAGAUCUCGUCCUAUUUCAUCAGCAAAUCUUUUUGCAAGUGCUACAACAACAAUAACAACGCCAGCAGUAACAACACCGGCAUCACCAUUUCGUUUUGAUGGAUUCACUUCAAAUCCAACACCAGCUUCGCGACCAACAAGUACUCUCAAUCCUUUUACUCAACCAGUUUUACAAACAAGAAUAUUCAGUUCAUCAACUCAACAAUAUCCAUCCACAUCUAAAUCACUAUUUUCAUCUGAAAUUCAACGACCGAGAGAUACUCAACGUAUAUUAUCACCUGCCGAACCAAUUCUAGCACCUGCCCAGAUUCCGAGACCAUCACUUAAAGUAACGGAACCAACGAUACAACUACCACCACCACCACCACCACCACCUCCACCACCUGUUGCACGUCGAUUAUCAACAAAUUCAAUAGAUGUAUUUGCUGAUGAAUUAUACGAACAAAUGGUUGAUCCAUUCAUUCGAGAAACUACUUAUACUAUUUUUGAUGAAUUAAUUUCUCAAUGGAAUAAUCUAACAAGUCAAACAGUUACAAUUUUCAAUGAAUUUGUUUUGGAUGAAAUCAAUUCUGUAGCAAAUGAAUAUUAUAAUGAUUUUGAAUUUCAACAAAAAAUGUUACGUGAUACUUUAAAUGAAGAAAAUGAACGAAAACGAAAAAAAUAUUUAACAAAAAAAUAUUUUUCCAUUUGGUUUGAAAAUUCAUUUCAAGCACAAGAAGAACGUUUCAUACUUCAAGAAUUACAAUUAAAAUAUCAUUUUUUAAAUAAUGAACAAUUACUUGAAUUUUUAACUGGUAUACAAUUAAUCACUGAACAUGAUUUAACUCUUGAACAAACAACCAAUAUAUUAAAAUCACGACGAUAUUUAAAAAAAAGUCAUUUAAAAAGAAUUUUACUUUUAUCAAAUCUAUUUUUUGAAGAAUUUUUACAAGAAGAAUUACAUUCGAUUGUUAUUGAAUCUAAUCAAGAAGUUAAUUUACGUGAAAAAUUAUUAGAAAAUUCUCUUAAAAAACAAUCCAGACAAAAACGUGAACAUUAUCUUCAAUUAAAAUAUUAUUCACUUUGGAUACUUCAUUAUCGUCAACGAAAACAAAACCAUAAACGACAAUUAUUAUUAAAUACAAAUAAUAAACGUCUAAAUCAAUUUCUUCAAUUACGUAGUAAUAAAAAAUUAAAAGAAAAUAAUCAACAAUAUAAUAUUAUUAAAAAUUCAUUUGAUCAAUUAACAACUGAUCUUAAUCAAAUUCAAUUAUUUAUAGAUAAACUUAAUUCUUAA